GAGGAAGGACCGCUCGGCGAGUCCGCUUCACGCGGGUCCGACCGUAUCUUCCACGGGCCUUUAUCCCCACUAGAAUUUAUCUCGUCGCGUUACUACGCGCCUACGUCCCCACUAGAACACGGUCCCAAAUUUAGCGAAAGACCAUUGGUCGAUCGUAUGCUACUUCUAGAUUAGGAACUCCCUCCGUGCCAAUCACUAUUUUUGGCGGUUCGAGCUAGGCGUUCUAUGUGGUAUUCACGAAGCCAAUGAAACACUCUUCGCUCCGACAUGACCAUGAAUCUUUGCGAUGGUGUUUUAGCCAAGUUCAAUUGAAUCGAUUAAUAUACAUAUAGACUUUCAUGAUCGCACAACGAGGCCCGUUUAUCUACUCGCGCGGGACCAUCUUCAUCAGCAAAUCUAUCAAGAACCUGCCCAAUUUUCACACGAUUUCGAUUACGAUUCUUGAUUCAAUUUGGCGUCAUCGUUGUUAAUCUAUGCAACCCUAGCCGUCCCUGAAACCCUCUGUAGAUAGAACGUGCGUUGCCGGCAAUAGCAGCAGGCGCUACCCCACUCUCAUACUCUCCUGGAUCCGCUCUGGUGGCUUCUCGAGGCGAGUACUCUACCUUCGGACCUUCGCGCCAGUGCUCCCCACCGUACGAUGUACGGCCAAUCCGCGGCGAGGACGCCGGCAUGAAGCCUACGCGGCGACGGCCAAGCCGAUUCUCGCCGGCGCCCCAGCAUUUUAUACGGAAAAGACUCUUUAACGAAGCACAAGGUGCGCACGCACGAUCAACUUCACGCGACACCACGCGCGCACCGCGUCACACACACAUACGGGGAGGCGAGAGUGCGACGAAGACGACGACGCCGACGCCGACGCCGACGCCGACGACGACGACGACGACAACGACGACGACAACGACUGCGACGACCACGACACAGCCAUCACCAUCACAAAGACCACGACAGUACCGACCACGAGGACUAGUGACGUUUCUGUUUCAUCACCAUCUCCCUUUCCUCUCCCACGCACUGUUAACCUAGUAAAAGAAACGGGGAUCAACUUGGA